AUGGUGACCGUCGAGAGCACCUUCGGGAGGACCAUCCGACCAGCAGAGGUUACGGUGGCAGCCGCUGUCACGAGGAUCUACGACCUGGGACUGAGGAUAGCCUCGGAGAAGAUCGAGGCCCUGUGGUUUUACUGCCUGCCUCCGUGGAGACCUCCGGCAAGAUCAUGGGUACGGGUGGGUGGAGCCUCCGUAGAGGUGAAAUAUCUGGGACUCAUCCUCGACAGCCACUGGAGCGUCGAAGUGCACUUUGACCACCUCGUUCCUCGAGUGGAAAGGACGGAGGCCGCUCUAGGCUACCUUUUACCCAUCCUCGACGGACUUGGUACGCCGACUAUAUACGGGAGUGGUGCGGUCCAUAGCCUUGUACGGGGCUCUCAUAUGGGCCCCAGCCAGGACGGCCAGCCAGAGACGGAAGGUUAUAAGGAUCAUCCGUGA